UUCACCCAAACUGGUCAAAGUAUUUAAACUCAAAAUUCAUAACCCUGUUCACCCAGUAGUUGCUCUUUACCAGUUCCAUCCAUGACAGAGAUUUUCCUUCAGAAAUUUCUUAAUCAAUUUUUUAACGUAACGAACACCAACGUAAUGUUUAUUGUGGCCUUGUUGUCUCUUGUGGCGUCUGCCAAUGCGCACACGGCCGCUUUUGCACCGGGCAUGUACUGCCUCGGGGGAACUGAUCCUAGCCAAGAUAAUCCCCACACGAACGAUGCCGUAGUUCCCCUAUACAAUUUGCCUAGAUCACAAUGGUGGUUCCAAGCUGACCGAGGCUGCGACAGGGCACCCCCUGCACCUGGCGUUUUCCUCGAGUUGCCCGCAGGAGGAAGUUUCACGGUCGAGCUGGCCCAUAAUCGUGCCCAAACUACGUUGUCGUUCAACGGAGAGUUCACCUCGGACUGGCCCGACGGUCAGCAACAUCCCGAAGACUGGAAGGGACCAGGUAAUCCGCCAGACUGCAUCCAGGAAGAUGGGGCCUUGCACACAAAUAAUCAAAGCAUGGCUGCUGGGACGGCCUUUGCAAUUAGCUACGUCUCAGAUAUAUCUGCUGUGACGAUGGAGAAUUUGGUCGUUUUUACUGUUCUGCCAAAUACACCAUGGAAACGCAUUGCGACCUAUCAAGUCCCCCGCGACCUUCUGGCUUGCCCUGCGGAUGGGUGCACUUGUGCCUGGCUGUGGGUUCCCAAGGGAUGCGGAGAGCCUAAUAUGUACAUGCAAGGAUUCAAAUGCAAGGUGACGGGGUCAACUUCUACGAGACGACUUGCCCCCGCCCAGCCUCCCAGGUACUGUCCCAACUUCAACGAAUGUACCCGUGGAGCGAAGCAGAUGAUUGCGACCCGGCAGGCUGAAGGAAACAAUAUCGAGCUGCCUCCAAAUAAUGACUUUGUCUCGUACAGCCCUGAUUGGGGAUUCUCACCUGGUGCCCAGAACGAUAUAUUUCUCUAAGGACGCAAUAUGGUUGAAAUUUUUAUGAAUUUUUAAACUCGCAUUGAGUGUAAAUUAAUUAUCCUGGAUUGAAGAAUAAAAACUAUUGUUUAACUUUGAUGAAACUUGA